AUGGCCGACAGCUCGGUCCACUCUCGCCCCAUGGCAGCCCAGGGCGCAGAGGAUGGAGAAGAAGACCUGGAGGACGAUGAAAAUACUGACCAAGACUACGCACAGGAUCGCGAGAACGAUAGCGAGUUUGAGGCGACCGAGGAGGAUUUGUUCCAGGGUGGUCUCUACGAACCAUCCGUCCAGAUUCAAGUCCAGGGGAGUGUUGAAGGGAGUGAAGGGCCGGGAGGCGAUGGAGUGCGCCCACGACCUGGUGCGCCCGAAGAACAGUACGAGGAGGAUGGAGAUCAAUCUGACGCAGAAGAGGAGGGAGAAUCAUCGCCGGGACGACGACGACCUCCCGAUUCUGCGAGCCAUGUCGAGCAGGAUGUCCCUGUGGCAGAUAGGCUUGCUCCCUCUCUGCACGACGAGGUUGGGUUUCAUAUGAGCAAUAACUUGGGAAAUGAUGGGUGGUCGUGCAGCUCUGACGAGUGGCAAAUUCAUCUGCACGGGCCGUGA